AUAAAAAGAGCUCACAGUAAUAUCUGGUAAAAGCUAAGCAGAGAAAUCUCUGCAAAAGACCCAUCCACAGAGAACAAGCCACUUCUCUGCUUUCUGAAUUUUCCAAAUGAGUUUAAGAAUAACCCUCUGGAUAUUAUUAAGCCUUCUGAAAGAAGAAACUUUCUGUAUCAAUACAAAGCUGAUGAUAUUUCUGAAAGCUCAGAACUGAGUUUGCUCUGAAUUGCAGACUUGGCAAAAACAUAGUACUUGAUAAGUCUUGUCAAUGUUUAUUUAGUCUGGAAGUUUUUGGCACUGAAAUAAAAAUUCCUUGCAUGCCUGUAGGACCCUGUGACUGCUGCUUACUCAUACACCACAAUAGAACCCACUGCUCUGUGAUCUGCUGUGAAGAACUGCAUUCAAGGCUUUUUAAUGUUUAGAAAUAUGAUGGGGAAUAUAGAUUUGAUCCUCCUAUCUACCUUCCUCUCGGUUUCCAUGACAUCUGAAAUAUUUGAUCCUAUGGAAGGUGAGGCUUUAGUUAUAAAAUGUCCCAAAUGGAAUUCAUCUGUGAAAACCACUUGGUAUCGCAUGGACACUCACCAAAUAAUUCCUGCGGAAGAAGAGGGAUCACGAGUGUUUUCCAUAGAAAAUUUUCUUUGGUUUCUGCCAAUUUCUAGAGAGGAUUCUGGAAACUACACUUGUGUAACACAUUUUAAUCGCACAAAGUCAUACAACAUGAGUGUGCAAGUGCACUCAUACAAGCCAGGAGAAUGCUUCCCAAGUCGGAUUCAUUACGCAAAUGACACUCGAAGAGGAAAAAUUGCUUGUCCUACCAUUGAUAACUAUAAGAAUGCUACUAUUGUCCAGUGGUAUAAGGACUGCAAACCUCUUCAGGGACAGAGAUACUUCACGAAAGAAAAUUAUCUCUUUAUUGAGAAUCCAAGAACAGAGGAUAAUGGUUAUUAUACUUGUAAAUUUAUUUAUACCCAUAAAGGAAAUGUGUUUAAUGUAUCAGCAACAAGAAUUUUCAUCAGUGACGUGAAAUACUCACUUCUACCACCUCAAAUCAUAUUUCCAAAGAAUAAAGACGUAGUAGAAGCAGAGCUUGGUGCUGCUUUGUCUCUGAAAUGUCAGGCCCGCCUGGGGAUUAAGAAACAGCCACUGUCUGCUGUCAGAUGGGAUGUGGAUAACAUCCCAGUGGAAAACCUUGAUUUUUCGAGAUUUCAUGAAGAAACUCGUUUUUUUGAUGGACAUGAGCAAGUAUACUAUGAGGAGACCACUUUGAAUAUUACCAAAGUAAAAAAGGAGGAUCUGCAGUCAAAUUUCACAUGUAUUGCACUGAACACAAUGUACAACACAAGAGUCACGGUGACAUUACAACUCAAAGAGCAACCUGAGGAGGUUCUUCCUAAUGUCCUCCUGAUCACAGGAUCUCUGGUUCUGCUAGGUGCAAUAGCAAUCUCAGUUAUCCUUUACCAGUCUUUCCGAGUUGAUAUUGUCCUCUUGUAUAGGGAGAUAUUCCAGCCCUACUCAGUCAAGGAUGAUGGGAAAAUAUAUGAUGCGUAUGUAAUCUACCCCAAAACCCACACCAGUGAAGCUAAUUUUGUGGAAUAUUUUGUUUACCAAAUCAUGCCAGAUAUUCUAGAAGAUAAAUGUGGAUAUAAAUUGUGUAUUUAUGGGAGAGAUAUAUAUCCUGGAGAAGAUGCAGCCAGUGCAAUCGAGAAGAGGAUGCAGAAGAGCAGACGGUUGAUCAUCCUGCUAACACACCAGCUGAUUAAUUCUAAAGAAGAUGCUUAUGAUCAACACAUUGCUUUAUACAAUGCCCUCAUUCAAAAUGACACCAAGGUGAUCCUUCUGGAAAUGGAGACAAUUGGGACUUACGAGAAGCUUCAGGAAUCUCUUAGGUUUAUUAUUAAGCAUCAAGGCACCAUCAAAUGGAAAGAGGAGCACACGGUGCACCCACAGUCACCCAGUUCUAAGUUCUGGAAGCAGGUGAGGUACCAUAUGCCACUGACACGCAGGCCCUCACACUCGGCUAACACCAGGUGAACAGUCCUGGAAAACAGUGCUGCAGUAUCACUACAAGCCCACAGCUGUUUUUCCUUUCAGAAGGUACAUGACUGCACAGUCUGGAGGUCUGGCUCUGUUUUUUGAACAUUUUUUAGUCCUUCGAUUGAGUAGUGAUGGGGUAAAUUGAUGCAAGAGGUCUAGGAACAUUUUAUAGGUAUGAGAGAUCUGUAAAGAAAUAAUUCUAGAUUGUGUGGAGAAUUUUGCAUGCCACAGAAAGCCAAAUGUACCUGUACUCUUUCUAUACAUAGUUAUAUAUUUAUCUAUAUCUAUAUAUAAUAUAUAUAACAGAAAGUUAUGAUUGUGACUAACUGAAUGUCUUGCAGGUUUACUUCAUCUUCCUAAAGCAGUUGAUAAAAUAUAAAUGCCUUCUGUAUUAUUUGACUAGAAAGUAUAAUGUGUAUUUUGCAACUAGAAAGUAUUUUUAAAGAAAGCUUUUGUUAACUUUUUUUUUUCUGACACAUUCCUUUUUGAUUUAACAAUACUGACAAGAUGAAAUUUUAUUUUUCCUUAGUAUGGAAAAAUACUAAACAAAUAAAAACACCGUCACUAAAGGGUCUUUUGAGACUGACGUGAAUAUAGCAGUAAAAAAACGCAGUGUAAAGGGAAAUAAAUACAUUGAUAUAUCUACAUGUCUAUAUCUAUAUAUAAAUAUAACAUGAAUUGUUACAGGAAAUAAAUGAAUUGAUAUAUACAUACUAUAUAUAUACAAAACAUGUAUUUUUAAAUGCACUAAUAUAUGUAAAGAUAUUUUAUAUGCACUUUAAAAUAUUUUAUAUAUCUAUUAAAAUGAAUCUCACACAAAGGGGAAAUUUUAAAUCUUUCAGGUACAGUAAUCAUGGUGUUACUGUAAUUAUUAUCUCCAGAUAGAAAUAACAUAUUAAAAUUUAGGAUCUUCUUUUGAUACACUGAGAGCAUUUCUUUAAGCUACUGAAAAAAUAGACUGCUUUUUUAUAACAGGAAUUAUAUACCUUUUUCUGUGCUUUGGCCUCAUAUGUAGUUAUAUUUUCUGAUAGGAAAUAACCUUAGAUGCAAAGGUCAGAGACAAAUCUCCUCCUAGUUCAGGGGAACAGGAACAAGAUGUAUUCUAGUACAGGUAUCCCUGCAAAUUUUAAUCUUUUUAGAUUUUCAAACCCAGAAAAUUCUUACUGUCAGAGAAGGCUUAGUUUUCAGCUUCAGACUUGCUACAGAAUGGACUUAAAAAGUGAAAAUUGGAUGCAGAACACUUACUGUUCCAGGAUGCAAACAGGCAAGUUCUUUCCUUUUAAUGUAAGUUUUUAUUGAAUAUGGAUCUUCAGACUUACAGAUAGCUAUUUGGAGUAGAAAAAAUGUGCAUAAAAUGUAUGUAUAGAUAUUUCUCAGCAUUCAAUUAAAAGAUCUAUGGCAAACCAGACA